AUGGUCGUCGAACUGUAAACAGUUUUGUUGUGUUGAUAAAUGUUAAAAUAAACAGUGAUUGUUCAGGCUUUUUUUAUUUAUUAUAUUAAAGUUCUUCUCUAUAAUAAUUUAAAAAUGUUUUCUUCCAAUAAAUUUCGUUGUUAGGCUUAAGCUAGAUAAGGUACAAGAUGGAGUUUCAAUUUAUUAUUUUUCUUCUAUUGUUUGUGCUACAAUAUGUUUCUGGACAUUAUCAGUUAUGCGAAAAUAAUACGAAGGUAACACGCAGCUGUACGACACAGAUUCUUGGUGCUGGUCAUUCCGAUGUCAAUUCAUGCAAAGUGGAAUAUAUCCCACCAAACAGUGCUGACUGCAUUGACAGCUUUGGCCCAAUGUCCUCAAACUCCCACAUCGGUGGGGUUAAGCUUAAGCCCUACAUACUGCCAGUCGUGCAUCACGACUAUAGGUCUUACUACUCCGUCAAUUAUACAGUACUGAACAUCACGUUUAGCAAUAUAAAAUGGAAAACAAUGAAAUUCCGGUUCCAAAACCACAAGAAUGUGGAGAGCCACUGCAGAAACAUAGUGAUAUCCAACGAGGUGACCAUUAACGAUCAGUCAGUUCUGUACUACGACUGCUACUGGUCUCUCACAGAUGGGAACUACAAUGGACAGAGCCAUAUACUGGACUUUGAGGCUUCAGAUGACUAUGUUGUCAAUCGGGGGCAGUAUUACUUCAAUAUACCGACUGCAGAGAUGUUGAGUCCCACAAUAACCGAGAAGGAUUGGAAACCAUUUGUAUACAUAGAAAAUUUGACAAACUCAAUGAAACUUCACAUAAUGCCCCCACCAGCCCAACUCAAGAUCACCGCUUACCAGAUAAGCAUCAUGAAAGAGUGCGACAAGGGCACCCAGUGCAAUGAAACGGUCAAACACACCACUGUACAAAUGAAUAACAACACCCAAGAAGUGACGUAUGACUACAGUUGGCCGAUCAAAGCCGGGUCGUACUAUUUUGUUGUGACCCCAAUUCAUGACAGGUGCCAAAGUGGGGAAGUAAAGUGUCAGUUUGUGAAAAGCCCCAAAAUUGUCAUCAGUGUGCAAGCCCACCAGACCCUGAACAUUUGCAUUGCUAGCAUCACCGCGCUGGUGGUGGCAACUCUGUUCGCCUAUUACAUUGUGCUACGCGUAAUACGACGGUACUGGUGCAAGGAAUAUGGACAAGAAAUCCCUCCACCAACCAAAGUGCUAGUGAUAUAUUCACCCGCGAACCGCUUGCACGCGGAGUGCGUGGCCUCAUUCGUGACCUACCUCCGCAGCGAAUACGGUCUCGACGUUAUGUAUGACGGCGACAUCUCACUCACAAGUCACGGCGACCCCUACUACUGGGCUGAAGAUGCUAUCAAACUGGCUUCACAUAUUAUGUACAUAGUUGGCCCUGCAGAAAACGCCAACCUAUACAACAAUAUAUACGACAAACCUAUCAAUGCACAUACAAACGUGGACAUCCUACUCCUAUCUUUACUCAAAGCAGUCCGAGCCUCAAGAUGUCAAAAGGACAUAAUGAACGUAUUCUUUGAACACUCGAACGGUUCGGUACCAAUCGAAACUAAACACGACAAAGUCUUUUUCCUACUCAAAGAUUGGCAGAAACUCAUCGCUCAUCUAUCAAAGAAUUUGUUGCCAAAGAAACAGAUUAUGAGAACGGAAAAAGGCAAAUGCUUUCUUGAAGAUUUGUCGAGGGCCAAGAAAUUGUUGAAUGGAAGGAAUGAUGAUGUCAUAGUUCGGUGUGAGAAGGGAUUUGUUGAGAAGAAAGUGCUCCUGUAAAUGUUGGUUCAUAUGUUAUGGGUUGCAAUAUUUGACCAAAUGUUGGUCCAAGUGUGGCCAUGACCAUUGGCCAAUUGCAUAUUAGAAAUUGCUGGUUUUCUGGAAGAGUGCUGUGAACUUUUUGGUCAAAAAUUGGUUCAAGUCCUAAUAACCAGUGAUUUACUGGCCAAAUUCUUGCGAGGUUUAUGAAAUAAACCAUAAUUAAUUUGCUAUGCAUUUUCUUUGUGGAAAUGUUGGGUGAAAAUGUGAAAAUUUUAAGAGUUGUGAUUGGCCAAUUGAUUAUUAUUAGUUGGCUAUUCGGUGGCCAAGCUAUAUUGGUUUGAAAUGCUAUGAUUUUUAAUACAAUUUGGUAUUGUGUAACAACAUGGCUAAUUUUCAUAUGGGUUGUGUAAUAAUGUGUAGUCUAUUAUAAA